AUGUAGUUUUAAGUAUUUUUAAAGCAUUAAUAAAAAAAUUGGAAACAUUAAAUCCAUAGAAAAUAAAAAAGGAUUGAGUAGUGUAUGUUAAAUAAAAAUAGAAAGGAUGAUGUGAAGGAUUAGGUUGUAUUUGGAUUGAAUAAGGAUGAGAAAAUAAAAAAUUAAGGAAAAAAAAAUGAUCUGAUAUAAUUUUAAGUUUGUAAAAUGCUAGAAAUUGGCGGGAAAUGAA